AUGGCAGGUACCGUAAGACAACCUAUCGACAUUCAGUCCUUGGAAAAAUAUAUCACCGCCAAUGUGCCGGAGAUCAAAUGUCCCAUUGAUGUCAAACAGUUUGGAUUUGGUCAAUCGAACCCAACAUAUCAACUUACAGCUUCCAAUGGCACGAAGUAUGUUAUGCGAAAAAAGCCACCGGGAAAACUGGUUUCCAAGACGGCUCAUCAGGUGGAGAGAGAAUAUAGGAUCAUACACGCACUAGAGAAGACAGACGUGCCAGUCCCCAAGGCUUAUUGUCUCUGUGAAGAUACUGAGGUCGUUGGGACGGCGUUCUAUAUUAUGGAGUUUCUUGAUGGAAGGAUUAUUGAAGAUCCCACUAUGCCUGACGUUUCCCCUGCGGAAAGGACUGAGAUGUGGCACGACGCAAUACGGACCCUAGCCAAACUCCACCGUAUAAAUCCGAAAGAUGUUGGGUUAGAAACGUAUGGCAAGCCCAACGGGUUUUACGACCGUCAGAUUAAGACUUUUACAACGAUCGAGAAAGCACAGGCAGAGACUAGGGAUGUGGACACAAAAGAACCGGUCGGUCAGAUGCCACAUAUCGACGAGAUAUUAGAUUUCUUCCGAGACAAGAAGUUACAGCCAAAGGACCGCGGUAAUCCCAUACACGGUGACUAUAAAAUCGACAAUUUGGUGUUCCACAAAACAGAACCUAGGGUGAUCGGGAUAUUAGACUGGGAAAUGUCAACCAUAGGCCAUCCCCUUUCAGAUCUUAUCAACCUCCUCACUCCCUACUAUUUAGUAAACGAAGACAUACAUAGCCUCCCCGCCUUCUCUCCUGGUGCUACACCCGGUCUUCCCACUCAACACGACCUGGUAAAAUGGUACGCGGAAGUGGCCGGCUGGGAUCCUACACCGGAAUUAACUUGGGGAGUGGCAUUCGGUUUCUUUAGAGCGACUUGCAUCUAUCAGGGAAUCGCGGCGAGAUGGGCUGUAAGACAAGCUAGUAGUGCGAAGGCAAGGGAUAAUGCUCAACAGAGACAUCCAAUGGGUAAAUUGGCGUGGAAACAUGUCCAACGGGCGAGAGAUCAAGCAAAGAGUAAUGCGAAAUUGUAG